AUGGAAGAAGCCAAAGAAGGAACUCCCCUGGAAGAUAAGUGCUCAGGAAAUGAAGAGCCAAAAAAAGGAAAAACAACCAGCAGAUGUAAAAAGGUAAAGGGGUUACACAAAGCGAAAUCGAACGAGAAGAGGAAAAAAUCGUCCAAGAAUUUUAAGACCUUUAAAACGUUCAGAUAUUUUAAGCCCUUCAGGCAGUUUAAAAAUGCGAAAAGUUUGAAAAGUUUGAAAAAUGGGAAAAAUUGUAAAAGUCAGAAAAAGAGGGAAAAAGAAAAGGCAAAAAAGAGAGCCAAAAGGAAGGCGAAGAAAAAUGCCCCCAAGGAGCUCCUACUCCCUGUGGGGCAGGCCAGACGGGUGGAACUCCCAAAUGAGGGGGACGCUACUUUGGGAAACGUGGAGAAGCAGCUAUCACCCCAGAUGGGCGUGACACAAAACAGGGCCAAUUCGAGCAAUAGUGGCAAAAAAAAGUGGAGUAACAUUAGCAGCAAUGUUGGAAAUACCGCUUUACCUGAAGAUAAAUUUGUUCCUAACCAUUCUGAUGAGCAGAUGAGGGGAAGCGUCAACAAUGGCUACGAAAUUGAAGGAAGUGUAGAUGAGGACCACCCCUUUGCAGUCCACACCGAUGUAGCCACGGAAAAGACACCCCCUGUGGAAGCACACAAAGGGGAUAACCUUAACUACGUAGUGGAAAAGAACUCGCCAAAUAGGGCAACACAACUGGGUGUCACCAUGCAGCAUUGCGAAAAGAACUCAUGUAGGGAAGCAAAUUGGCCCGUUUUGGAGCCCCACAUGAGUGGCCCUCAAAGGAACUGCUGCGUAGGGGCUGAAGAAAUGGCUCAGAUGGAUGCAAGCAGGACGAGCAAACAGAAUGACCCAAACGUGACGCUACCAUAUGGAAUGCACCCCGCACAGCACGAAGCAGAAGCAGCGCAUCACCUGAUAGACCCACUGGGAACAAAACAAACGUCGCGCAUCCAAUUCAGAGAAAUCAUCGCGUCGAUGAAAGAGGACACGAAAAGUAUCAUCAGCGUGAUGGAAAACCUAAGCGAAGAAAAACUCCUCUAUUUGACCAUCCCAUUUAGCGAAAAUUACGACAUUGUAAAAUAUUUCAAUUUCCUAUCUCUGGAGAAAAUAAAAAAAAUGAUAAACCUACUUCAUGUAGAUAAUUACAAAAAUUUUAUUCUCUCAUUUAACCAAAAAAAAAUAAUUGAAAUUGUGAACCACGUGUCUGUUAACACAUCCAUCAGUGUGCUCUUAAAUUUGUCCAACAAUAAGGUAGCCUACAUAUUAAGCCAUAUAGAGGAGAAAAUCCUCAUCAAUUUGCUGAAUGGAAUACCUAUAUGUAAAUUCUACCACAUAGCGGAAUGUUUGCCUAUGCAAAAGGUAAGUCUCCUCUCAAUCAAUAUAACUUAUGAAAAAUUGUACGUCCUUCACAACUCCUUGCCAUCUAAAAAAUUGCAUCAGCUAGCCAAUAAUCUCUCCGUGGAAACUCUCAACAGGUUGAUAAAUGAACUGCCCCUAUACAAAUCUGUCAAAGUGUUGAAAAUGCUGCCUCCUUGCAAAAUUGCACACUCGAUCAACGUAAACGAAUUGACGCCCCAGUUUGCCUCCGAAAUUGGGAGAUCCUUCAACGCGCCUGAUAUUGUAGAAAUUGUGAAUUACCUAAAUGAGGGGAAUGCAGCUAUGUUACUCAGCAGGUGUAACUCAACCAAAAUUAUUCUCUACAUAAAUUACAUAUCAAUGGAAGAGUUUAAAUCUCUCGCUCCAAAAUUGCCUACUCAAUUUUUGGCACAAAUUGUUAAUGAUAUAUCUUUGAAAUUACUCGUGGAGUUGUUCGUGUCUCUGCCUGAGGAGAAGGCCGCUCCUUGCUUGUGCGCCCUCACGCAGAGGAAGCUCAACUUUGCCCUGCGCGUUAAUGCGGCGCAGAGGGUCGUGAUAGACACAGUGCUGCGGCAGGGCGGGGCCGUCCAGCGGGGGUUCCCCGCCACAGAAGCGACUAUAGACGCGACUACCAAAGAAGCAGCUAUGGAUGUGACUACCACGGAAGAAGCUAUGCACUUGACUAACACCGCUUCUACCACCGCUGCCACCAACGGUGCCGCCCCCCCCCACAGGCGGCUCCUCAACAUGAUCGAUGAGCACAAUUGGGCCCUCCUCCUUAGCCAGCUGAACGCAGACGAGUAUGCCCCAUUCUGCAAUUUGCUGAGCCAAGACAAGGUGGAGCAGAUCGCCAACUCCCUCUGCGUCGACUGCAAAACAGCCGCAGCGCUUAUCCUGCAUUUGCCGCUCACCAAAAUGGUUGGCAUCCUCCAAAGUGUAGGGCAAAAACGAAGGGAAGAAAUAGCGAAGUAUAUGCCGACCUUUGUCUCCCACAUGGUCCUCCACAAACGAAGUAACCAACAGUGCAUGAACAAGAUAGAACAAAUGUUUAUCACCUGCAAAUUGCUGCGAUUGAGAAAAGUCUUUAGGAAGAGUAAGAAAAUACCCACUCUGAAAAAAAAGAAAAAAAAAUUAAAACGUUACCAUUUGAGGAAAAAAACAAAUGAAAUUAUACGUAGCAUUAAUUUGAAGAAUUACUCCAAAUUUUUGAACUCCAUUUCUUGUGCCAAAAUUGUGGAAAUGAAUCGCGUCAUCGACAACAUCAUGUGCAGGCAUCCAUAUGCUGAGCCUAAAGUGUUGGACUGCCUUUUCUUUUUCUUUAACUUUUUUGGCAAAGUCGCGGCUUCGAAGUGGAAGACAGAGGAGAGGGCCCUGCAGUGGCUAGCCAAGGGUGGUUCGAAAAAUGGGGGGGUGCCGCAAAACGGGGAAGUACCACCAAAUGGGGAGCGCCCGCGUGGCACCCAUAAACAGACCAAGCUGUGCCCCCGAGUAGGCAGCACAAACACAGGGCAGUUCAGCCCCCCCCCUGCGAUGAUCAAAGGGAAUGCCUCCCUAGAUGGCACGACGAUAAGGAAAAAUGCAAUCCAUGAGAGCCACACAAGUCACUCGAGCUGUACAAACCACAUGGCGGCGGAGACAGCAAAGGGCAAUCCCAACAAGAGAGGGAGGAGCUCCUUCUACACAUUUUUAGUCCACUUUGUCUGCUUCAUAAAAAUGCACAUAGAAACGUACGUGCUCCAGAGUAGGGGAGAUUGGCACCACGGGGGGGAAGAGGAGGAGGGGCAGCCACCCCCCAACUGGCCACCAAGCGGUUUACCCUCAAAAGGGCCGUUUCCACCAAAUAACGAACAGCGUAGUAGCGCCCCCCUGGAGGAAGACUCCAGUGUGAUGGAACCCAACCCCCACUGCAGAACGACACGCAAAAUCCUAACCCCCACCAACAGUAAGCUAAUCUUCAAUAGUGUGAGAAAAAUUAUGAAAAAUAUUUUCUACUCUGUUAGGAAGAUAAACCAAAUGGGGAAUCCUCCCCUCGUCUUGAAGCACCUCUCCAUGCUGAACAUCAUACGGGCUGACAUAGCCCAGUGUAAAAGUGAAAAGCGGAAGGAGAGUUUGAAAAAGAGGAGUGGUCGGCUCUAUUCCACGGGGACUUCAAAGAAGAGUAUACGCAUUAGAGAUGGAAGAGCCACCAUCAUUGCGGUUAAAAACAGAGCAGGUGUUACCCCCCAUAGUAGCAACUUCUUAAGUGAAAAAUGUCCACUCGAAAAAGGUAUAUUCAGCGAAAUGGAAAAGAAAAAUUGUGCAAAUGGGGCAGGCGAUGGGGAGAGAACUAAAGAAGCUGUGGCGAGAGAAGAUUCUGUGGAGAAGAAAGAAUCUAACUACACCAUAGGAAUGGCACAAAAUGGUAUGACCCCAUGCGCACUUAAGGAAGGGGAAACUCCCCAGUUGAGGAACUUUCACACAAAUGCGAAGGGAAUAUUUGGCCCUUUUUUCAAUUUGAACAAAAGGGAGACGUGGAAAUAUGACCCUCUUGUUAAUGACCAAGGGGAUAACCAAAUCGCAGAAAGGAGCGGUCGAAAAAAAGACACAAAUGAACGUAGGGCUCUCAUUAAAAAAAGCAAAAAAAAUUACUUCAAAAAGUUAAAGAAUAUCCCCCAAAUGGCCAGUUUUAAAAGAUUCACACGUAGAGAUAAACACCGCAGUAGUAGACCACGUAGAGUUUCACCCCCAAAUGGAAGCAUAAAUGCCCCAAUGGAGAUUUGCCAAACGGAUCGACAAAGCAGAAACAGUGCUGCUAACCAGCGCAUUAAUGAAGAGGCAUUUUUUUCCACCCCAAAUAGCCAAACAGAAGAAGUGCCAUCGGAUGUGUCCACCAAAGGGAGGAAAAACAAAGUGUCCCUCCUAAAAUUCAUAUUCGCUUUGAACGAUUCGAAUGCGAAGAAGUACUCUAAUAACAUAACCCUAAUCAUCAAUUUUUUUUUUUUGAAAAAAAAAAAUUUCCUGAGCAAGUGCAAGAACCAAAUUGUGGGGUCUUCUCUAAACGUGCUUAUAAAUGAUAGCGGCUGUAAGAGGUUAUUAAAUUUUAGUGCACCCCACAGCGACACCUCAUGUUACAUUAAUUCGAACAUUGUAUCUCUGCAAUAUGACGACACGGAAGCUAUUAAAAGCUUGCACUCUUUGACAUCUAGCAAAUCGGUUCCCAGGUGCACUACCCCCGGGAUAACCCCCUCCAUUGAUGCGCGUACCGACCUGUCCGCUAUCCCACAAAAGGGGGAGCCCCAAAAUUGUUUUAAAAAUGAAAAGUCGUCAACAGGAAUGAACAAACAGAAGAAUAACAUGCCAAUUAAAAAUACGCCAAUUAAAAACGUGUCAGUUAAAAACAUGUGUAACGAUCUAAAUUCCAGCAUCAUCCUCCUGUGGAAGUCCCCCCAAUUUGGCUACGUCCUCUUGGACGCGCAUAAUUCUCUUCAUAUAAGCAUUAAUGACCCCUCCAGUCAGUUUUCUCUGAACCUGUUCAGGCAACAUGAUGAUGUAACCGUAGGGGGAGCUACCUACAGGAAGGGCAACUUAUUUUUCGCGAAAAAGGGGAAGAAAAAAAUGAGCUUCAAAAAGAUCAAAUCGAUGUUCUCAAGGAUUUUGGAGAAGAAGAAAUCUGCUCCAGUUGAGAAGAGGCCAAAUGGUGCGAUUUUGGAAAGGGAGCUAAGCGGCGCAGGAGGAGACACGAGGGAAAGACAAAAUGGGGAUAAUCUCCCCUAUAGGACUGCUUUACUCCCAAGUGGAAAGAAUAACCUCACCGAGGGUGAAGGAGACGCACCAGGAGAUGUCUGCAGCAGGGGGGAUAACUUUGCCAAGGAAGAUGGCCCCAAACCGGAGGAAUACCUAAUCAGUGACGAUAAUGAGGUGUAUUUCGGCGACGAGUACUACAACUGCUAUGAGGGAGAGACGCCCAGUGCGUUUGCCAAUGAGGGAAGCCACCCAAUUGGGGAAAGCGCCUUCGGUAGCGGCCCCCUUCAACGUCCCCCCAAAAGCGAAAAGAAUGGCGAACUGGCCACCCACCAGGAGAGAGCAACAAGCGUGAGGGCUCCAAAGAGCGAACAUGCACCCAACGCAGAAAAGUCAAAAAAUGCACGAAGCGGAGCAAGGGAAACGAACGAAACAAACGGAGCAAACGAACCAAACGAACCAAACGAACCAAACGAACCAAACGGAGUAAGCAAACCAAACGAACGAAGCGCUUGCAAAAAACGGAACAGAAAGCACCCCCUACAAAACAAACACAGCAUAGUGAUCAACAAGUUCAGUAACAUCAUCAACGAGGCACAAAGAAUCCUGUCUGUAAAGGAAAAAAUCAUCAACAAGAAAAUAGUAGAGCAAAUCCACGCCAGCUGCAUAUCUCCGAGCUCCCUCACCGAAAGUGAAAAGGAAAAAAUGAGGGAAAUAAAAAACAACGAACUUAACAAAAUUAUGGAAGAAGAAUUGCGGAAGGUGAAUAAAAAUUUCCAACCCAGAGAUACCCACUCGUUUGGAAACACCAGCUACACAGAUGAUGAGUUUAAUAUAAUACUCUAUCUAGAAAAAAGGAAAAAAAAAAAAGACCAAAAAGGGGCAAAGAAAAAAAAACAAGUCAUUCCUCUUAGGAGAAAGGAAAAAUAUUUUAUUCCCUUUCAGUUUAAUAGAAGUAAAAUAUUAAAAUUAAAAUUGUUGACGCUUAUUGAAAAUUCUCUAUGUAGUUACGACGUCAACAUAGGGGAGGGCACCUUCAUCGGUGCAGCCGAUCAACAGAGACAACGCGAAAUGAUAAAGGGGUAUGUAGACCCUUCUCCGGAAAAUAUCACCAGUGGAUUUCUUUUCCCCCUUGAAGAGGUUCCUUCUAGCGGUUCUCACAACUUGGCGGAGAAAUCCAUUUUUUCAUUUCUAAAUUCGAAUGCUUCUCAGGAGAAAUCGAACGUAGAUAUGGCUCCUCUGAGUGGGGAGCCAAAUGGGUUUCCAAAAAAUAGGCUAACCUUAACGAACCAAGUGGGUGGUAACAACCUGUGCGUCCUGCAUGAUGAUAUGCUUAAUGACCCCCCCAUCGAAAUUGGCAUACACACAGAGAAGAACGAACCAAGUGCCCCAUAUACGAGGAGUAAGAUCCUUCCAAACGAGAUAAACAAAAAAAAGGAGCACCUACAAAAUGAGCAGUUUCACAAUUAUGUAGAUAUUGCCCCGUUUGAGCCCUGCCAUAGCUCCAGUUCAACCCUCCUCGCGGAUAAGUACCCCCCCAAUAAGUGCUCAUCACUGCAUCUAAGCAACAACUCCCACAAUAAGACAAACACGCACACGAACAGAACGUGUGAGAGCUCCUACGAAAUUGUAAAUAGCGCGACACUGCAUGAGAAGAACAACUCCACAAAAGGGUCAUCAUCAAGUGAAUCGAAUGGAAGUGUCCAAAAGGGCCCCCCCUCCGCUGCUAAAGGAAGGAGCGAGUGGGGGCAACCCCCAAAGGAGGGACUAACACAUAGCAGCUUACUUUACAAGCACAGCUACAACAAUUUGGAGACGCAUUCAAAGGAAAGAGGUAGCGCCGGUUAUGUGAGAAAAUUGGAUCGAGUUGAUAACGCCUCUCUAACGUUGGAGAAACGGGAAGGAGACGCACCUUCGAACAGCGUGGAGCACGCCAAACGGGGCAACUAUUUUGCACCCCACAUAGUGGGCCACGGCAACCGAUCGGAGGACCUCCACUUGGAAUUAAGUCCACUCGAAAAGUGCGUAAAGCGGAAUCACCUCUACAACAACGUUGGGAAAAAUGGCGUAGCACAGCACGACGAGGCGCAUUUGGCGGAAAAAAGGGAGCACUUCCUGAACAGUUUGCUCAGCCGGAUCCGCAGCGAGCGGAACGGGGCUGACCACUUGGGUGGUAACUUGGACGACAACGCAGCUGACGGCAACUCAGCUCACUGCUCAUUUGACCGCUCAUUUGCCCCCUCAGCUGCGAACCCACAUGGGGUGCUCGGGGCGGAAAAGGUGGGCCUCCUCAAUCUGCACUGCCUGUUCGAAAAUAAGUCGGCAAAUUUCUGCCUGAUCAGCGAGGGCUGCGCCAAGGCCAGCAAUUACGUCAACGACAGCAUGCUCAUUCACACCAAGCUGUACAAUGAAAUCUUCCACAUAAAGAAGGACGACAUGUCUGCCUCGGAAGGGUGUUCCAUGCUGGGCGAGUCCGUCGCUUCCAACUCGUCUAACGCCUCUGACGCCUCUGACGCCUCUAACGCGUCCAAUCCGCCGCGUACCCACAGUGAUGGCCGCCAUAGCGGCUCGACGGGAAACCAAACCACGUGCAUUCACAAGAAGAAAAAAAUACUUUGCAACAGCUGCGGAAGUGCCCUCAAAAAAAAUCUCCUAAACGACCUGUUCUUCUUCAGAAUAACCAUAAUUAAUAUAAAGUCAUUCCUUUCCAAGCGUGUAAAAAUUAACAUACAUUACCAGAGCCCUUUGAUCCGUGCCAACUUUGCCUCCAAGGACAAUGUUAGAUACUCCUUGGAAAAAAAUAUGACCGAAUAUAAGCUCAGAAUUAUUGCCAUUAAUAAAAAAAAAAUGCGAAAAAAGUUGUCCCUAUCCAAGUCGAAAUUUUUCAGAAAAUGUCUCGAAAUUGAGUUAGUUAGCAGUUUGGAUGAUACGCUAAUUUCUCAGGGGGAAGAAAAAAAGGAGGUGGGAAAAUGCUCAAGGGAUGGCAGCAGUGUUCACUCCUCCACGGGCCAUUUCAAUACACAUACGGAUGACCGUUUGGGGGAUAAAAUAGAAAGGAGAAAAAAUUUGUCCUAUAGGCAGAUAAAGAAUUAUUCAAAACGCCUGUCCAGCAUGAACCAGUCCUCCAACGAUGUGCCCCCUGCGAUAUACAAUUCUCACUUUGCCGUGCUGAACUUCAGCAUCCUUGACGAUAAAAAUAAGAAGUAG